UCGCUGCCGGUUACGACAGAGCCUGGGCGCGAACCCAGAGUCUCUGAUGGCACAGCUGGCGCUGCAGUACAGUACUGCGCCACCCGGGAGACCGAGUGGCACCUUUUCAAUGAGGUACGGUCAGAGAUUAAUAUAUCCAUCUGUGUUAAGGUGCUCCUGACGGUAUACGCUGAUGAAGACAGUUUGUCGGUCGGAAAGGUUGGAUAUUUGUCACGGUCGUCCUCUUCAUCUGAAGAGGAGAGGCGAGAUGGAUCGGAGGACCAAAAUGCGGCGUGAAAAAGAAGUGCAGAGUUCGCCUCGGGAUUGGGAGCCGCUGUCCAUCGCCGUUCCCAAUCCCACCCAAACUGACGUCAUUGGAUGCCGGCAUGGUAACUGCGUCAGUUUGGAAAAACCGGGAGAAGAAGAACGUAAAGGAUCACCACCAACUUGAUUCUUCCUUUGUCUCUUCUUUCCAUUUGAAACCGUCUACAACAUCUCUGACGCCCCUCAACCCCUUGUCUGGCCGAACACCAAUCGGCACUCCAUCCCCCUCACCCCCUGGAUCCCCUGCCAGAUCCCCUUCCACUCUCUCCAAGUUCUUCGGCCUCUCUUGCCUCUCCUCUCUCCACAUGUCAUCUCUCUCUUCUUCUUCUUCUUCUUCUUCUUCAUUGGAAGGAUCACAGACCUCCUCCCCUUUUAGUGCUUCUUCUGUUUCCCUGGCUGUCUCAACUCAGUUUUCCUCCUCUGCCACUCCCCUCAGUCCUGCCUGCCCUUCCUCCACAACCCACGUCUCCUCCCCUGCCCCCCAGUCCUCCUCUCCAAACCCCCUGGACCACCAUGGAGAGACCAACAAAGACAGUGAGACUGCCAGAGAUCUUAUGAGCUCUGAGGUCAAAGAGGUGGGAGCAGUUGUUCCAAAGAGAAUGAUACCCCUAUUUGCUGGCAUUGCAGAGGCCUCCAUUGACCUGAAGGCUUCCUCUGACUCCUUGGAGAGGCCAUUGGUCAGGUCUCGGGAAGCCAUGGCUCGCCUCCCCAACCUGGUCAGCAAGAGUAGCACCCAGCUGGGGGAGCAGAGCUGCACAGAAGAGGGCGAAGACAACACCAAGCUCUUCGGGUUGCCUAAUAUUGGCAACACCUGCUUCAUGAACUCUGCUCUGCAGUGCCUGCUGGGGCUGCCAGCAUUUUGCAGAGACAUCCUGAGACAGCAGAACAUCUGGAGUUCCUCCCCCUCCUCUAAACUGCUAUGCUGCUUUGCCGAGUUACAUCAGGCCAGGCUUUCUGGAGGCACUGUUAAUGCUAAGAACAAGGAAAAUAAGAAAAUCCUUCAAACAGUCAAGCGCUGUCUCUCCGUUGUCAAUGAAGACUAUGAGGAAGACUAUGAACAGGAUGCCCAUGAAUGUGUGUUGCUCCUCCUCUUUCAGCUGAAGGAGGAGGGUAUGGCAUUAAAGGGCUCACCAGAGCCAUACACCUGCCCCGUGAAGCAGUUAGAAUUCAAGCUGAAGACUUCCCGUACCUGCACCAGCUGUGGAGUUAUAGUGUAUGGUCAGGAGGAUUAUAAUCACCUGUCACUGAGCCUGAGCCAUUACCUGCCACACAGCCUGGACCUCUACUUUAAGCCAUCUGCGUUAGAGUGUGCAUGCAGGGUGUGCUCAGGCAGCACAGCAUCUGUGACUAGGCACUUCCUCACGCUGCCCCGGUGAGUCCCCCCCAUCAUCAUCUCAGAUUACAAUUGACAGUCCUGAUCUAACUCACCAAACUGGGUUAUUGAUUUGAGUACAAGACUGAUUCCUUUGUCUGUGUGAACGCCUGCCUGC